CGAAUUGGGAAAAGGAAGCCGAUUUUGGUUCACUUGGAAUGUUGAAUCAAUACCCUCCACGACUCAACCAAUAGCAGAUUGUCAAUCUAAUUUAUCAUAUCCUCUAACCGGACGCACCGGACACAUUCUCGUGAUUGAUCCUGUUACCGCGGCUUGUGACGCUUUAGCCAAGUUCAUUGGUAAUGAACGAAUCGAAGCGUUUGGUACAGUGGAAGAAGGUAUUGUGUCCGCGAAAAUACGGAAAGAACAAAACGAUGUUUAUGAAUAUGUGAUCUUAAAUGUUCUCGAAGAUAAUAUGGACGAUAUUAAAAGAGCGAUAAGAGAAUUAGGAAUUAUAUGCGGAAAGGAUCACUUACGCAUUGUACUAAUGAUCUUUUGGUCAUCCGAGGGGCAAAGAAUGGCGAAAGAAAUUGGAGACCAAGUUAUCAUACUGCGAAAACCGGUGACGCCAAAACGACUGUUGAAUUGUUUACGCUGCAGAGAAACUAAUAAAUCGAUACCCGAUGAAAAUAGAGAAAAAAGCCGACAUUCACCACAAAUUAACGAUUUGCGGUCGCAUUCAAUCGAUGAAGAUAUCAAUAUGUCAAUUGAUGAUGAAUUUUCUAGCAAUAAGAACCACGAUGGGGAUUCAUUAAAAAGAGCGAAUUUAAAAAGAACAUGCCCCGAGGAUGAGGACACACAAAUUACUGAUGGGGAUCGCAAGUUAAAGUCACGAACGCGUUUUAAUUCUAAAUCAAAAUGCAUACUGUGUGUGGAAGACAACCCUAUAAACUUAAAGGUCAUACAACAUCAACUUAUGAGACUUGGGUAUCAAUCACUAUCCGCGACAAACGGACAGGAAGCCGUAAAUUUAGUGACGGAGGCUGCCAACCAUUCAAAAGACAAGAAUUCCUCUUCGAUCGAUUCACCUUUGAACUCUCAUGAAGAAAUUUCUUUAAUAUUGAUGGACUGCACGAUGCCAAUAAUGUCAGGAUUUGAGGCUUCAAAAAUUAUAAGAGCGAUGAAACCACCAAUAUCGCAAAUACCAAUCAUUGCUCUGACAGCUUCGGCUGUUCAAGGUUCAAGAGAGAAAUGCCUUGAAUCAGGAAUGAAUGAUUACCUCACGAAACCGUUGAAGAUGGCACAGCUCGAAGAAAUGCUGCAUAAAUGGUUGAAUGAUUGA